AUGGGUAAAGGUACAGACACGGGUACAGGUACAGACAUGGGUGCCGGUACAGACAUGGGUGCAGGUACAGACACGGGUACAGGCACAGUCACGGGUAUAGUUACAGACACGGGUACAGGUACAGACAUGGGUACAGGUACAGAUAAGGGUACAAGUACAGGCACGGGUAUUGCUUUAGGCACAGUUACGGGUACAGGUACAGACAUGGGUACAGGUACAGGCACGGGUGCAGACAUGGGUACCGGUACAGUCACGGGUACAGCUACAGACACGUAUACUGGUACAGACAUGGGUACAGGCACAAGCGUGGGUACAGGUACAGACAUGGGUACAGGUACAAACACGGUACAGAUACAGACACGUGUACAGGUACAGUCACGGGUACAGGUACAGUCACGGGUGUAUGUACAGACAUGGGUACAGGUACAGACAUGUGUAUAG